CCUCUGCCUGCCUCAGGUGCUCUGCCCAUGUGCAGACGCCGGCUCGGACAGCACCAAGCGCAGCCGGUGGAUGGAGAAGGAGCUGGGGUUGUACAAGUCUGACACAGAGCUGCUGGGGCUGUCUGCGCAGGACCUCAGGGACCCAGGCUCUGUGAUCGUGGCCUUCAAGGAGGGGGAACAGAAGGAGAAGGAGGGCAUCCUGCAGCUGCGACGCACCAACUCCACCAAGCCCAGUCCCCUGGCGUCAUCGACCACGGCCGCCUCGGCAAACUCCAUCUGUGUGUGUGGGCAGGUGCCAGCCGGGGCGGGAGCUCUGCGGUGUGACUUGUGUCAGGACUGGUUCCACGGGCGAUGUGUGUCGGUACCCCGCCUCCUCAACUCCCUGAGGCCCAGUCCCCCCUCAUCCCCACUGCUGGCCUGGUGGGAGUGGGACACCAAAUUCUUAUGUCCGCUGUGUAUGCGCUCCCGGCGGCCGCGCCUGGAGACCAUCCUGGCCCUGCUGGUAGCCCUGCAGAGACUGCCCGUGCGGCUGCCUGAGGGCGAGGCCUUGCAGUGCCUCACAGAGAGGGCCAUCAGCUGGCAAGGCCGUGCCAGGCAGGCUCUGGCCUCUGAGGACGUUUCUGCCCUGUUGGGACGGCUGACUGAACUGCGCCAGCGGCUACAGGCUGAACCCAGGCCCGAGGAGCCCCCUACCCUCCCUUCAGCCCCUGCCUCUGACCCUCUCAGAGAAGGCAGUGGCAAGGAUAUGCCUAAGGCUCAGGGGUUGGAGAACGGAGACAGCGUGACCAGUCCUGAGAAGGUAGCCCCAGGGGAAGGCUCAGGUAAGAGAGACCUGGAGCUGCUGUCCUCGCUGUUGCCACAGUUGACUGGCCCCGUGUUGGAGCUGCCUGAGGCAACCCGGGCCCCCCUGGAGGAGCUCAUGUUGGAGGGGGACCUGCUUGAGGUGACCCUGGAUGAGAACCACAGCAUCUGGCAGCUGCUGCAGGCUGGGCAGCCUCCAGACCUGGAGCGGAUCCGCACACUUCUGGAGCUGGAGAAGGCAGAGCGCCAUGGGAGCCGGGGCCGGGGCCGGGCGUUGGAGAGGCGGCGGCGGCGGAAGGUGGAUCGGGGUGGGGAGGGUGAUGACCCAGCCCGAGAGGAGCUAGAGCCAAAGAGGGUCCGGAGCUCAGGGCCAGAGGCCGAGGAGGCCCAGGAGGAGGAGGAGCUGGAGGAGGAGACAGGGGCUGAGGGUCCUCCCCAACCCCUGCCCACCACUGGCAGCCCCAGCACCCAAGAGAACCAGAAUGGCUUGGAGCCAGCCCCAGGGGCCAGUUCGGGCCCCUCAGCCCCUUUCUCCACUCCGACUCCACGGCUGCCCGUGCCCUGCCCACAGCAGCCGCCUCAGCAACAGUCGUGACAGUGGCUGAGCCUGGCACAGACCCCGACAGAGACCCCCCCUUGGCCUCAAGGAUCCUCUUUCUGACCAUCAAGCCUGCUUCUUGGGAGGUGGGCGAGUAGGGGGGAUGGCCACCCCCCACCCCAGCCCACCCCUGAGUCCCUUGACUUUUAUAUUCUGACUCCAAGGUAUUGUUCAGACCUCAGCUCCUGGGGGCCGGCCCCUGGAGUCCCCCUCCCUGGUAGCCUCUAACCAGCAUUCCCAGACACCUGAGGCAGAUGGACAGAUGGAUGGGCAGGGGGACAGGGGUGGCUGGGGCUGGGCCAGCACCGUUCCAGAGACAAGGCCAGUGCAUAGCAAACUCGGAGACUCUCCUCUCCCUCGCCCCAGUUCCAGCCCAGGCCAGGUCAGGCCACACUAACCUCCCCUCCCUCUCACUAUCCCCUUGCCCUUCCUCACUGUCCUCUCGCCUUCCUCUCCCUUCUCCUCCCUUCUCCUGACUGAUCCACCCAGGAGGAGGAAACCACAUAGCUGUGCUCACAGUGUCUUUUAAAUGAUUUGGUCGGGGAGCUAGCAGGGCUCCCUGCAAUCUGAAGAAAGCUUUUGGUGCUUGUCCUCACAGCCACCGAACCUUCCCUCCCCGUCCCGCCCCGUCUCCUUUCCUCCUCCUGGGUUCCUGUUGUAAUAAAACAAGAUUGUUGGUGUGUAAUUAAUUUGUUCAAAAGAAAACAAAAAGCAAAACAAGAAACUUGGUUCCAGCUGAAGCCUAUUUUAAUUUUAUUUUAUUAUUUUCCUCUUGUUAGAAAUAAAACCCUUAGCAACGUUUUUUGGAAACAUGUUUCUGAAGUGCAUUUCUCUUCGAAGGGGAGAACAGUGAGUCCUCCAUCGCCCGACAGUGGAGCAGCUGCCUGGCUGGCUGCUGGGCUCUGGAACCGAGUUCCACCAGGUUCUCCUUACCUGGAGGGAGGACAUCCCGAGUCUCCCCACAUCCCCAAGCCAGUUUCCCCACCUCCCCGCAGAUGGCCCUGCACCUCUCGCUUAACUCCUGCCGUUGUCUGUCCUCCUCAAGCCCCAGAGUGAUUUUUUGGCUUUAUUGAGGUCUCAUUUACACACCCUAAAAUGUACCUGCUUUAAAUGUACAAUUCAGUAGAUCAGAGGGAUGUUUCUAAAGCGCAGAUCUGAUCAUGUCACUCUACUGCUUAAAACUGUCCGUGAUGCUUCAUUGUCCUGAAGACCAAGAUUAUAUAUAUAAUCUCAUUCUUUCUGGAAUGCUUCCUGGCCAAUCCAUACGCCAGUCAGGGACCCUGCCCUGAUUUUUCUCCGCCCUCAAGGGUUCUUUCUGCCCCUUGAGUGGGACUAAAGCUCAGAUGUGUGGUCAUUUGCAACCUGAAUGCACUUUUGAAAAACAGCUUUAUUGUAAUGUAAUUUACAUACUGUGCAGUUCACCCACUUAAACUAUACAGUUCAGUGGCUUACAUUCCAGUUGUGCAACCAUCAUCGCAAGAGAUUUUAGAAUUGUUUCAUCAUUCUAAAAAGGAAUUCCACACUCCUUGGGCAUCCAUCCCUCCCCCCCGUUUCCCAUUCCUAGGCCACCAGUAAUCUCUAUGGAUUUGCCUAUUUUGAACAUUUUAUAUAAACGGAAUCAUACAAUA